CGUUAGCAGUGGGUUGUUUUUGAAUCUUUUUGCGAAUGUCACAAAAAUUUAUACGGAACCAACUUGUGAAAAUUUUUGUUUUUGGUGGAAUUUUGCUAAAUAUUAGCUCCUUCAGGCAGUAUUUGAUUCAGAUAACAUGAACAAGCUCAAACUCAAUCAAAAGGACAAAGUGAAGAAAUUCAUCACCCUCACUCAAACUGGUGAGCAAACGGCAAUAUAUUGUUUGCAGAAUAAUGACUGGAAGCUGGAUUUGUCCUGCGACAAUUACUUUCAAAAUCCAGAUGUCUACUAUCGAGAAUUAGAUCGGAAGAAGAUCGAACAGCUUUUCAGCCGUUAUCGAGAUCCAGCAGAUCCUAAUAAAAUUAAUUCUGAUGGGGUAGUGAAAUUUUUAGACGAUUUGUACCUUAGUCCGGAAUCAAAGUUGGUUCUUAUCAUAGCAUGGAAGUUUAAAGCGGAAGCACAGUGCGAGUUCAGCAAGGAUGAGUUCGUUAACGGAUUCAGCGAUCUCGGAGUCGAUAGCGUGGAGAAAUUAAAGGCCAAGCUACCACAGCUUGAAAUUGACCUAAAAGAUCCGAUCAAGUUCAAAGAUUUCUAUCAGUUUACGUUCAACUAUGCUAAGGAUCCGGGCCAAAAGGGGCUAGAUUUAGAAAUGGCUAUUGUCUAUUGGAACAUAGUACUUAAAGAUAGAUUCAAGUUUCUUGACCUUUGGUGCAAAUUCUUGGUGGAAAAUCAUAAACGAUCUAUACCUAAAGAUACAUGGAAUUUAUUGCUGGAUUUUGCAACUUAUAUCGAUGACAGCAUGUCCAACUACGACGCUGAAGGCGCUUGGCCGGUACUAAUCGACGAUUUCGUUGAGUGGUGUCAGCAGCAGAAUAAACUGAGCAGUACCAACACGUCCUCAUCGCCUUCGGCUUCUUCGGUGAUCACAUCUACUGGUGCGGUUAGUGGAGUGUAUCUACCGUCCACGUCUUCGUCGAGCGCUUCGUCGCCAACGUCGGUGACCAAUCCCUACAGCUCCAGCAAAGGUAAUCCAUACAGCAACAGUGGCAGCAGUACGGCCAAUAUGUACUACUAGACAACUAUAAGGAUUUGUCUGUUGGUUGGAUCGUUUUUUUUUUUCUAGCGGUCGAACUAAGGCAAAAAAUGUCUAUCAGACUGUGCAUUUUAAGAUUUUGUUCCUUUCUGGUAAUCAGAAUCGAAAUUCUUGUGUUUGAUUCUUGUUUCAUUUAAACCCCUCACAAACUAUACGCACUUGCACUUGAAAGCCUAGCGACCUAUGUCAAUUGUCUUUCGUUUUUUGUUACUGUAACUUUGAAAAUCAUAGGAACUAAAUUUGCUUUUAAAGCCAAUUUUCCAGUUGGCAACCGUAAGCUGACAAACACUCAUCAACCGUGUCAGUCCGCGUUUAGAGUCAGGCCAUAGCAGUAGAAUUAUAAUAAAGGGAUUAAUGAUCCUAAGGGAUCAAAAUCCCAAAUAAAAAAAAAGAUUAUAAUAGUUGGAUAGAAAUCUACAGAGACAGACAAUGAAAAUCCAUACACACCAAGUCAAGCUAAUUUCUUUAGAAUUUCGCAGUGGAAAAAAUCAGUUAAACCAUUUGAGUAAUAGUGGAAAAUAUGUUUGUCAAGUUUAAAAAUAAGAAAAUUUUGGUAGACUUAAAAGACGAACGAAAAUUGUUUGAAUUCAUUAAAUGUUAAAUACAUAUAUACUACACUAUUAUAAUGAUGAGCAUCAUUAAGCAGUGAUGUGUAAUGAAA